AUGGAUUCUCUUCUCAGAACCUUCAGAAGGAAGAAGACCUGUGGACACUUUGACUGUAAGCCCAGUGAAACUGAUUUCAAACUGCAGCCUUCAAGAACAAACAAGCCUCUCACAAAGGAUCUCCUUCAUUCCUCUCCAGAAAAGAAGAAACAUAAGAAGUGCCUGGUGCAGAGCCCCAAUUCCUAUUUCAUGGAUGUGAAAUGCCCCAAAUGCUAUAAAAUCACCUCUGUAUUUAGCCAUGCACAAACAUUUUUGUGUGUUGGCUGCUCUACUAUCCUUUGCCAGCUUACAGAAGGAAAAGCAAGGCUUACAGAAGGAUGCUCCUUCAGACAGAAGCAGCACUAA